GCCGGAAGCGGAAACAGCCCGGCGCCGUCAUCGUAGCUGUAACUGCCAACGAGAUGCCGAAGGGGCCCAAGCAGCAGCCGCCGGAGCCCGAGUGGAUCGGGGACGGAGAGAGCACGGGCCCUGCAGACAAAGUGGUGAAGAAAGGAAAAAAGGACAAGAAGACCAAAAAGACGUUCUUUGAAGAGCUGGCAGUAGAAGAUAAACAGGCUGAGGAAGAAGAGAGAGUGCUUAAGGAGAAAGAACAGCAGCAGCAACAGCAGCAGCAACAAAAAAAGAAGCGAGAUACCCGAAAAGGCAGGAGAAAGAAGGAUGUGGAUGAUGAUGGAGAGGAGAAAGAGCUCAUGGAGCGUCUUAAGAAGCUUUCCGUGCCAGCCAGUGAUGAGGAAGAUGAGAUACCUGCCCCAGUGCCACAAAGAGGGAAGAAGAACAAGGUUGGUAAUGUUUUUGCAGCACUGAUUCAGGAUCAGAGUGAAGAGGAGGAAGAGGAGGAGGCAGUGGCAGAAAAACAUCCUUCUAAACCUGCCAAACCAGAGAAGAAUCGGAUCAAUAAGGCUGUGUCAGAGGAACAACAGCCUGGGGCCAAGGGCAAAAAGGGAAAAGAAGAGAAGUCAAAGGGGAAGACCAAGUCUCAAAAUAAAUUUGCUACUCUGGACCCUGAAGAGGAGGAUGAAGAAGAAAUAACAAAAGAAAAUGAUUCAUUCAACCAAGGGAAUGAGAAGGCCAAGAAAGGAGUACAGGGUUCAGAGGAAGAAGAGGAAGAGGGAGAGUCUAAAGCUGAUGAUCCUUAUGCUCAUCUUAGCAAAAAGGAGAAGAAAAAGCUAAAGAAACAGAUGGAUUAUGAGCGCCAAGUGGCUUCAUUAAAAGCAGCCAAUGCUGCUGAGAAUGACUUUUCUGUGUCACAAGCAGAGGUGUCCUCCCGCCAGGCCAUGUUAGAAAAUGCAUCGGACAUCAAGUUGGAGAAGUUCAGCAUCUCAGCCCAUGGCAAGGAAUUAUUUGUCAACGCAGAUCUCUACAUUGUAGCUGGCCGCCGCUAUGGACUAGUGGGGCCCAAUGGCAAGGGCAAGACCACUCUCCUCAAGCACAUUGCCAACCGGGCCUUGAGCAUCCCUCCCAACAUUGAUGUGUUGCUGUGUGAGCAGGAGGUGGUAGCAGAUGAGACACCUGCAGUUCAGGCCGUUCUUCGAGCUGACACUAAGCGGUUGAAGCUGCUGGAAGAGGAGCGUCGACUACAGGGACAAUUGGAGCAGGGGGAUGACAUGGCUGCUGAGAGACUAGAGAAGGUAUAUGAGGAAUUAAGGGCUACUGGAGCAGCAGCUGCAGAGGCUAAAGCUCGACGAAUCCUGGCUGGUCUGGGCUUUGACCCUGAAAUGCAGAAUCGGCCCACACAGAAAUUUUCAGGGGGCUGGCGCAUGCGUGUCUCCCUUGCCAGGGCACUGUUCAUGGAACCCACAUUGCUGAUGUUGGAUGAGCCCACUAACCACCUGGAUCUCAAUGCUGUCAUCUGGCUUAAUAACUACCUCCAGGGCUGGCGGAAGACUUUACUUAUCGUCUCCCAUGACCAGGGCUUUUUGGAUGAUGUCUGUACAGAUAUUAUUCAUCUUGAUGCCCAGAGGCUUCAUUACUACAGAGGCAAUUACAUGACUUUCAAGAAGAUGUAUCAGCAGAAGCAGAAAGAACUGCUUAAGCAAUAUGAGAAGCAAGAGAAGAAACUAAAGGAGCUCAAGGCAGGUGGCAAGUCCACCAAGCAGGCAGAAAAGCAAACAAAGGAGGCCCUGACAAGGAAACAGCAGAAAUGCCGACGGAAAAACCAAGAUGAGGAAUCGCAGGAAGCCCCUGAGCUCUUGAAACGCCCGAAAGAGUACACUGUGCGCUUCACAUUCCCCAACCCUCCACCUCUCAGCCCUCCUGUGCUGGGCCUUCAUUGUGUGACAUUUGGCUACGAGGGGCAGAAAUCACUCUUUAAGAAUCUGGAUUUUGGCAUCGAUAUGGACUCAAGGAUUUGUAUUGUGGGACCUAAUGGAGUGGGGAAGAGCACAUUGCUGUUGCUGCUGACAGGCAAGCUGACACCAACUCGUGGGGAAAUGAGAAAGAACCAUCGACUGAAAAUUGGCUUCUUCAACCAGCAAUAUGCGGAGCAGCUGCGCAUGGAGGAGACACCCACUGAGUACCUGCAGCGGUGCUUCAACCUACCCUACCAGGAUGCUCGGAAAUGUCUGGGCCGCUUUGGCCUUGAGAGUCAUGCCCAUACCAUCCAGAUCUGCAAACUUUCUGGUGGUCAGAAAGCACGAGUUGUGUUUGCAGAGUUGGCCUGUAGGGAGCCUGAUGUCCUCAUAUUGGAUGAGCCCACCAAUAACUUGGAUAUUGAGUCUAUUGAUGCUCUGGGGGAGGCUAUCAAUGAAUACAAGGGUGCUGUGAUUGUUGUCAGCCAUGAUGCCAGACUCAUCACUGAAACUAACUGCCAGCUGUGGGUGGUGGAGGAGCAAAGUGUCAGUCAAAUUGAUGGUGAUUUUGAGGACUACAAACGUGAGGUGUUGGAGGCCCUGGGAGAAGUCAUAGUCAACCGGCCACGAGAGUGAACUUUCCUUUCUGGAAGUUUCAUAGAAGAUGACUUCGUGUGGCCUAGAAGUUCUUUGUGUCUCCCUCUCUUCACGUGCAAGUUGCCUCUGAUCUACGACUGACACAGCCACUACUUGGGCAUGUGAAGGUGGAACAAGGUUUUAUGAUGACUAGGAUGCCAGUUUAAUGUGUCCUUUUUUCUGAAAGACUGUUAACUUCCUUCAGAAAAUUGAGCUGGCCUUGUCUUUAAUAACACCUUUAUGCAAGCAGAGAUGAUAGUAAUUAUGGGGUACAUUUGGUCAUGCUUAUGUGACUAACUGUUUUGAGACUCAGCUUACUCAGAAACCUGCCUCUGGUCCACCUGUAAGCUGUCAGUGUGCUGCCUUCUGGUCUCUGAGUAGUGCUGUUCUUUUCUGGUGGAUUGAAUGCUGACUGACACAACUCCGAGCUAGAGGAGAGUUCCUUCAGUACCUGCAGUCUCAUCCAGUUCAGGACUUGGUGGGCAGGAAUGAAAUGCUGCUCAAUUUGAAUUUCCCUUUACAAGGGGAAGAAAUAAAGGAAUUACUGCCUCCAUGUCCUUUCUGGAGAUACAUAA